UAUGAGAUCCACUAAGAAACAUGCUACUACACAAGGAGAGAAUCAAUUUAAAUUGUCAGUUGGAUAGAUAAUAGCUUAGAAAUUUAAAUUAUUAGAUAAAGUUGGAUAAGGGAGUUUUGGUAUGAUAUAUAAAACAGAGAAUUUGGAGACAGGUGAUAUCUUUGCAACAAAAUUUGAGAAGAGAGAAGAGAAUUCAAAUGGAAUGAGUUUGUUAGUUAGAGAAAUAAAAGUUUUGAUAGAGGUAUAAGAAUUUGAAGGUAAUAUACUAAUCGAUAAAGGUUUUCCAUAGAUCGUAUUUUAUGGGAGGGAUGAACAUUAUAAUUAUUUUAUGCAAACAUAUUUGGGUUAGAAUUUGGAACAUCUUCUAAAGAGAAAUAAUUAUAAACUUAGUUUGACAACUGUAUGUAGGAUAGGAAUGAAUUUGAUAGAUAGAUUAAAAUUAUUACAUUCUAAAAACUUAAUUCAUAGAGAUUUGAAACCAGAUAAUAUGUGUAUAGGUUAUGAGGAUGUAGAUUAAAUUUAUUUAAUUGAUUUUGGAUUAGCAAAAUAUUAUAGAGAUUAGAAUGGUAAUCAUAUACCGUAGACAGAAAAAAAGGGAAUUAUAGGAACAGCAAGAUAUGCUAGUUUGACAGCUCAUUUAGGUAAUACAUUAUGAAUAUUAAAUCUAAGCUAAAGAAUAAUCACGUAAAGAUGAUAUUGAGAGUUUGGGAUAUGUAUUAGUCUAUUUAGCAAAAGGGAAAUUACCAUGGAUGAAUUUGAAUACAACUACAAAGUCUGAAAAGUAUUAGAAAAUUAAGGAGUUCAAACAAUAAUUGACAUUAGAAAAGCUUUGCGAAGGAUUGCCAAAAGUUUAACCUAAUUAUCAUCUUUUAAGUGUUUCUUGAAUUUAUUCAUCUAUGCACGUGGACUCGACUUUUAGGGUGAACCAGAUUAUGCAUUCCUGAAGGAACUGUUCUAGAAAUAAUUACAAUAAGAAUUGUCAUCAUUAUAAGCCUUGAAUACAUUAGAAUACGAAUGGGAACGAUUUCCAGAGAUAAAGAAAAGAAAGACUAGAUUAUAGAUUAAUCAAUUAAAAUAAAAAAUGGGUAUUAUUCAUAAUAUUAAGAAAAACUUGUUCAAUAAGGUGUAGAUUCUGAUCUCCGUAAGAGUAGUGAAGAUAAAGGUUAAGAACAUAAAGGAAGUUCAUUCUUAAAUUUACCAAUAAAAGAUUAAUAAUAAUAAUUAGAUUCAUUAUCACCUGAUAUUAAAAAUAAAUAAAGCAGAGUAUUUAUAUAUUUAAUAAUUAGAAUAUAAGUUAAAAUAUAUCUAGUUUUGGAACUAGUUAAAUUAAUAAUUAUUAAAUAAGUUAAAUAGAUAAAUUUAAGAGAUUUCCAACUGAAAGAAAAGAAUAAAGAAAUAAUACAGUAGAUACUUAGAAAAAAGAAAGAGAAACAAGUCCAAAUUAAAAGAUAUUUAUCAAACAAACUACAACUAAAACAGAGAGGAAAAUGGCAUUUUUCGAAAUUGAUAAUGAUUAUAGAGAUUAUGAUCAUAUUGAUUAGAUAGCUAGUGAAGAAGUUAAGAUUGUAUUUUCCAAUAUUAUACCAAAUCUUGGACGCCAUAAAUCUACAUUAGAUCUCUGA